GCGAAACCAAGCCCUCGAUCCUUCCACGCUUCCAGAGGGCUCCAGCCUUUGGGAGUCGGACUCACUCCAUCCUUCUCUUUCUUUUUCUAUUUUUUCUCCCCCAUCUCCACUUCCUGUAUUCCUCUAUUUCAUCUCCCUCUGUCGCCCAUCCACAACUCGGCGGGAAUCCGCAGCAGCUUCUUGCGGCGCGGCAUCCAUCUAUUCUUUAUAAUAUUAAAAUAGAAAGGAAGGAAAGAGAGAGGGAAAAAGAGGACACCGCUCUCGCUCUAUUUUUAUUCUCUCUCACCGCUCACCCGAGCAGAGCUCGGUUGUGAUCGGUGCAGAAAAUAUCCAGGUCCUUUUCCUGCUCUUGUCCACGACAUGCACCUGCAAUAAUAUACUUCAGCUCAUCUGCACCAUUUUCGCACCUAUAUGCUGGGAUUGAGAACAUAUUUGUGCAUUUGCACAGAAAAUUUGCAGGUGGCAUCACAUUGUUUCGUGAUGGAAUAAGUCUAGCUGUUAUGUUGUGGGCCUUACUGGUAACAGCAACAUAUCUGGAUUUCUUUUUGUGAGUAAAAUUGCAUUCCAAAUUUUCUGCAUGGAUCGCUUGGAUAUUGUUUCUCCUGUUGGGUAUAGAGACCAUAACAGUAAUGAUGUAUGCCAUGGACAAAACUUUAGGCAUCAGGAGCAAGGGCUGAAAUCUGAAGGUAUAGAAAAUGAUUCUACAGAAGUUGGGCGUGCAGACUCCAACCAUGUUGAUUCUGACAAAUUGACUACCCUAGCUGAGCAUGAUAAAAGCAUCAAACCAAAUUCUCAAAAGGCAGAUAUGAAGCAUGGUGCAAAAAAGAACUCAAAAAGAACAUUGCAGAAGGGAAAGAAGGCUUCUCAAAGUCUGAGAGGCAAAAGAUAUUUCUUAAGAUCUUCACUGGAUGGUGUUAGAGUUCUACGAUCAAUGUCAAAGGGGAAAAGCAAGACUCCUGCUGAGUCAGUAACUCCCCCUGUAAAUCCAACAACAAAAAGAAGAAAAAGGAGGGGAAAAGUAAAGGGAGCUUCAAAAGAUGAAUUUUCACUAACUAGGAAACGUGUAAGGUACUUGUUGACACGGAUAAACUAUGAGCAAAGCUUGAUUGAUGCAUAUUCUAGUGAAGGAUGGAAAGGUCAAAGCUUGGAAAAGCUCAGGCCUGAGAAGGAGCUUGAACGAGCCAAGUCUGAAAUUUUACGCUGCAAAUUGAAAAUUCGUGACUCAUUUCGGUGUCUAGACUCCUUGCUUUCUGCGGGCAGGCUUCAGGAAUCUUUAUUUGAUUCUGAUGGACAAAUUUGCAGUGAGGAUAUAUUUUGUGCCAAAUGUAGUUCGAAAGACUUAUCAGUUGAUAAUGAUAUCAUACUUUGCGACGGUGCUUGUGAUAGAGGGUUUCACCAAAAGUGUUUGGAUCCCCCACUUCUGAGUGAAAACAUUCCUUCUGGAGACGAAGGAUGGUUGUGUCCUGCAUGUGAUUGCAAGGUAGAUUGCAUUGACUUGCUGAGUGAAUUUCAGGGAAGUAGUGACCUGUCAAUUGAGGACUCGUGGGAGAAAGUUUUUCCUGAAGCAGCUGCUAUUGCAAAUAGUGACAAGCAAUAUGAUUUAUCCAAUCUCCCGUCAGAUGAUUCGGAGGACGACAACUAUGAUCCUGAUGUACUGGAAGUUGAUACAGAAGAUCAUAUGGAAGAAUCUAGUUCUGAAGAAGAUCAUGAAGAACAAUCAAGUUCUGAAGAAUCAUAUUUUACCUACUCAUCUGAGGAUUCAGGGCCUUCAGAGAAGAGAAAACAUUACGAGGAUAUUGGAUUAUCCUCUGAUGAUUCAGAAGAUGAUGAUUAUGACCCUGAGGGUCCAGAUCCUGAUAAGGAAAUCCAGAAGGAAAGUUCAGGUUCGGAUGAAUCAGACUUCACGUCGGAUUCUGAUGACUUCUGUGCUGAGCUUAGCAAGAGUGGAGGUACUGAUGAAGUUUCAGCUUCUUCAUUACCAAAUCUCAAGCCAUUAGAACCUUCUGGUGAAGGAGAACGUGUGAGUGAUAGAAAUGAAAAUGCAACAAAUUCUGAGCAACCUUCCAUGUUGGAGCCAGACCCGAGCCAAAAGAAUGCCUUACCUGUGUCAGGAAAAAGGCAGCGUGAUCGUUUAGAUUACAAGAAGCUAUAUGAUGAGACUUAUGGUAAAGCAUCUUCUGAUUCAAGUGAUGAUGAAGACUGGUCUGAUAAGAAUGCACUGAAAAAAGGAAAGAAAGAUGACCAUGUAGAAGAGACUGAUGUAUUAAAGGCAAGAUCUAAAUCUACCGAGAAUUACAGAAGCUCUGGGAGGGCCAAGAGAAAGGCUACAGUGGAAAACAUUGUAACAAAGUCAGAUUUAGUUCAAAAGCAAGUUUUACUUGCAACGAGUGAAGAUACUCCCAAAAAAGCAUAUCAACAAAAGCUGCAAUCUGCUUCUCUGCAUCACACGCAAAAGCAUGAUGAUCCUUGGGAGCCUGAUUCUAAUGGAGAUGGGGCAACUACUUCUGUUCAAAGGCGUUUUGAUCCAGUAGUCACUCAGAAACUUCAUGAUUCCUUCAAAGAAAACCAAUAUCCUAGCCGGGAGACAAAAGAAAGGCUAGCAAUAGAACUUGGGAUGACCAGUCGACAGAUCGGUAAAUGGUUCGAGAAUGCACGCCAUAGCAUGCGAGUGUCUGCCAAGGAAGCCAAUCAUGCGGUAGUCUCUACUCCUGAAGAAGGCACCAGCUCAACCAAGGCUAAAGGAAACAACGACAAGCCUGACAAGGGGGGAGUUAGGAAUUACGCUAGCAAUGGAAGCAAAGGGAAAAAAUCUGUUGGAGAAAGAAAUGAUGAGGUUGGAGCUGGACGUGACACCAGCAGUGGAGAAAAAAGGAAAGAUACACAGGAGAAUAACCGGAAGAAAGCAAUAGAACGUGAACUGAGAAAGAGGAGAAAGAGCAGGUAACAUUUCUGGGGAUCAUCCGAUGGUAGCUUGGCUCUUCCGAGCAUGAAAUUUGUUGGAUUCUUUCAAAAGAGUGUGGGUGUUUAUACCAGGUGGAAAGUUGUGGAAUCAGUGAAUUUUGGAGGAGAGACAAGCACUGUCAGCAAGUUUGUAAUGGAGGAGCAUGCACGGCCUAUCUAUCACAAAUUGUGGACAAAACCAUUGACGGUUUAUGCUUGGUAAUUUUUUGUGUUGGACUGCACUGGAUGUCUUCACCAAGUAAUUUAUGUCACUACGAAAAAUGGGAAGCAAAUUGAGCCGAUUCAAGUGCCCCUUGUUUUUAUGCGCUAAUUUUGCUCGGUACGCGUGGGAGAAGAAGCACAAAACUGUGUAACAAUGUCUAGCUUUUUGAGGACGGCUGAUAGAACAUGUUUCUGAUAUUAAUCAUGUUUUGAGAAAAGUAGCUGUGACAUUUGUUUUGUUCUUUAUCUGAAUGGACAAAAGAUUUUGUGGGAGGACAAGAUGCUUUGAGGUUUCUCUCAAUGCCCAAAUUCAGUUUCUAGGAAAGUGGCAGUGCAAACAGAAAAUGGAGUUUGAUUGCUGUUUCAGGGUAUAGCCCACCUUGUUCAAACCCUGCAUUUUCUCAUCAAGAUUGUUGACUCAUAAUUGAAGAAUACAGCAAUACUAGCUUGUUUUUCUUUUGAUCCACACCUGUGAUCAAGGGCUUGCCACCAUCUUGGUUCGAUCUUGGGGCCUCUCUUUUGUUUAGAGGAUUUUAUGGGUUUGAACCUCUAUCCAGCGGUGCGAGGUUUUAGGAUUGUUGCAUGAGGGGUGUUAUUGAAGGCAUUUAUGAUUGGUUUGCAGGCUUGUGUAUCAAUUCUUUGAAGCUUAUUCUUCUUCUGAUAUCCUUUUAAGGCUGCACAUAUCGUUAAGGGGCCAAUAGUAUGACAGAUUGGUGGUCUCGUACGAUUUGGGAUUUCUGUGCUUCCAUUUCUAUGCAAUUCCAUAUCUUGUUAUCAGACUUUACUAGUAUUUAUUAAGGCUGUGAAAAUUGCUGCCAAAACACACAAAAAGCUUGUUCUCUAUGCUAGGACUGUACACUUUGUACGGUGCAUGACGUACAUUUUCAGCGCUAUUAGUUGGUCAAAAUGUGGUGGUUAUCAACUUAUCGGCCAAUUAAAUCAAACUUUAUGAAUUCUUCUUAUCUCAGCAAAAGAGGAUUUGGAAAAUUUUGGAUGGUUUUGAACUUUUUGUAUUUAAGCUUUAAAGCUUGUUCCCCUUGCGAGGUUAAUUCAUCUUAUACGCAAACAGUAGUUGUGUUUCAGCUCUA